AUGGCUCCAAUAUUUGCCUAUCUCGGAGAGGAAUCCUCUUUGAAUGAUGAUCUUGGUUCUAUAGGAAUCCUCUCUGAUAAUGUAGCUCGAUUUGGUGCUUUACAAGUGUACAUAGAGCAUCGUCUCUACGGAGAAUCAAUCCCCGAAGCACUAAAAGCCAAAAAUCUCCGCGGAUACUGCAGCUCUGCUCAAGCUUUACCAGAUUACGCUGAAGUGCUCCUACACAUUAAGAAAAAAUAUCCGGCCGAUUCCACCCCAGUUAUGGUUUUUGGAGGAUCAUACGGAGGAUUGAGGAAACCACUGGAUGCUGCUGAAGAGUUGAAAAACUUUUUGGACAGUUUCUUUUCAGUAGCAGCUCAAUAUGAUAGACCUCCAAGAUACCCAGUUGACCCUGUUUGCAAAGGUAUUGAUUCAGCUCCAGAAGGAAGUGAUGUACUCGACAAGAUAUUUUCUGGAAUCGUUGCUUACUUCCGAGAAAAGCCUUGCUAUAAUCUGGACGCAUUCUUUUCAGCAGAAACACUGGAUGGCUGGACUUGGCGGACAUGUAGCGAACUUGUGAUGCCGAUUGGUCGUGGUAACAAUGAUACCAUGUUUCUAGGCUUCUAG